AUGAUCAAUUGGCCUCUCCUCUCGUUCCCGCCGAUCGCUCUAUCAACAGCCACAUUCACUCGUCGCCCCUGCGCUCCCUUCUCGCUCGGGAUGGACCCACCAGCUCCGAUUGUCUCUCCGACGCCCAUGUUUGACCCCGCCCAGGUCACCGCGAAUGACCAGGAACCGAGCGACGCGCGUCGGUCACAGGUGACACCCUCGACGGACGAAACGCAGCAGUCGCUCUUGGACCCUCGAAGGGCUCUAGCCUCGCAGCACCAGCACUCGUCCGACGACGUGCAGACGCAGGACCAAGCGAUCGAAGCCCUCGGGCCCGGCACGACCCGCAUCGUGCAGGAACAACAACUACGACAACAAAGCGAGGACGAUCCCGAUGUCGAUGGUGUGGCCAAGCAAGAGAACGAGGUCAUCAUUCGCCAGGGUCUGGACGGGCACAUCAUCGUCGAGACCGAGCAACGCAAUUCGGUUCCACCACCCUCGGCGUCGGCCUCGAACGCGAGUGGGAGUGCGAGUGGGGGCGAUGAUGGGCAACAGCAACAGAAUAACCGAGCACAGGUGCGACAGAUCAACUCGGUCAAGGUCGUCGAGGCCGUUGGGGCGUCGAGUGGGCUGCUCAAGCGACCACUGAUCGACAAGGCCGUGCUCGAAUUUUUCGGACUCGGCGACGAGGCGGCACUGCAGAUCAGUGAAGACGACGACGCCGAGGAGGGUGACGAGACGGCACAGGCGGAGCCAGUCGCAGAGGGGGAGACGGCAGAUGCACCACCUCGCCCAGCACCACCUCCGCUCGCACCGACGGUCCUGCUGCAGUUCGGCGAAGACCGGUACACAAUGUUUCGAGCCGCACCCGUCGUCGAAGAUGGGCAAGACGCCGAAGACCUACCGAUUCUGUUCGGCGAACGCAAAGACCAUCACCUGUACUAUGAGCAGAUCGAGGCGCUGUUCGAGGCGUUGCACGCCUCGCUGCCGGGCUUGGAAUCAACGCAAGCUGAAUACUCUCUCGAGAUAGACGGUCUGGGCAUCGUCCUCCAAGAGGUAAGUUCCGGGGCAGGGGCUCUCAUGUCGCGCAUUUCGAUUCUGACAUGUGCUCUUCAUCGUUCGAUAGGACAACGUCUAUACUCGAGAAGUAAGCCUGCACGACUUCCACCGUCUCCACAGCGGCUGUGGCCUGCCGGGGCGGAUGCUGGUCAAGCUUGCCGAGCGCGAGGGACCGCGCUUUCCGACGGGCUUCAAUGCGUUGAUGCAGCAUAUCAUGCGCGUGGCCGAUGGGAGGGAAGAGUCUCUUGCUGUGGGUGGAGAAGAAGAAGAGAAGGAGGAAGCGUACGAAGAAGCGUACGAGGAGGCGGAGGAGGAGGCGGUCGAAGAGGUUGAGGCUCGUGAGACAGAGGCAGAGGCAGUGGCAGAGGCAGUGGCAGAGGCAGAGGCAGAGGCAGAGGCAGAGGCAGAGGCAGAGGCAGAGGCAGAGGCAGAGGGAGCUGAGGCCGUGGCCAAGGGCUCGCCCUACGAUGAGAGAGAGUGGCAUGAGAAGACGGAGGGGGACGAGGAACACUGCGAGCCCGAGGAAGGAUCUGAGUUGUACGAGGCAGCAGAGGACGAAGAGGCAGAGGAGGAGGCCUACGAGGAGCUGGACGACGAGGAUCUGGCUGCUGUCAUCGAGGGAGCGCAAGAGGACUACGUACUUGCCCAGGACCAGGUGGAAGAAGCCAAUGGCGAAGCAAUAACGGCGAUUGGUGAGGAAAUCAAUGGUCAUUCGGUCAACGGUCAUGAACCUGUCGCAGCGGAAGAACGGAUACCCAAGUCGAUUAAGGCGUUGCGAUCGGAGCCGCUCGAGUUGACAUACGACACUCCCGAGGGAACCGGCAUCGAGCCACCAGCAAUCCCGUUGGACAAGCCCGAGGCUGUUGUCGAGGCAGCUACAGCUCCGACGGAGCAGAAUGGGAAUGGCACGACCGAAGCGUCGGUCGUUGGGAAGGAGUUUCUUAACACAGAGGGUACGAUCCAAGAAACGAAAAUAUUUGGCAGCUUAGCUAGCAAGCAUCCAGACUAACGAGGUAUUGUUCACCCUCGCAGGUACAUUAAAUGUGUCUAGCGAAGUCGUCAUCGAUUACGAUGAGACCCCCGACGCACCCAAACUUCAGGACGGAGCGAAGCGAAGUCGAAGCUCAUUGACCGAGGGCGACGACGUCGAAGCGGUCGAAGAAAAGAACACUAGUGAGUCUUCUUGCUUCACGAUAUUCUAUCAUGAGUUUGGCGCUAAUAGCUCUGCCAUCUAUCAUCUAGACGAUUCGAAACGACAACGCCGAUCAACUAGCGCUUCGAAUCAAGUCGUGGAGGCCACCGAAGGGGGAGCAUGA